AUGGGCCAGUGUCCCCAUCACUGCAUCGACUGCGACAAGAGGUUCAGGAACCUCUUCGCACUGACGCAGCAUCGGCUCACGCACACCGGGGAGCGGCCGUACUGCUGCGCUGACUGUGGCAAGAGCUUUGCAAAGAGCUCAGCCCUGAGAACACACCAGCGCACACACACCGGGGAGCGGCCGUAUCGCUGCACUGACUGUGGAAAGGGCUUUGCAGAGAGGUCAACCCUGAGAGCACACCUGCGCGCACACACCGGGGAGAGGCCGCACCACUGUGCUGACUGUGGACAGGGCUUUGCACAGUUUGCACACCUGAAAAGACACCAGCGCACGCACACCGGGGAACAACCGUACAAGUGUACCGACUGUGGCAAGGGCUUUGCUCAGAGCUCAAGCCUGAGAAUACAUCAGCGCACGCACACCGGGGAGCGGCCACACCGCUGCACCGACUGUGGCAAGAGCUUUGCAGAGAGCUCAACGCUUAGAAUACACCAACGGGUGCACACCGGGGAGCGGCCGUAUCACUGCACCGACUGUGGCAAGAGCUUUGCAGAGAGCUCAACGCUUAGAAUACACCAACGGGUGCACACCGGGGAGCGGCCGUAUCACUGCACCGACUGUGGCACCGCCUGUGCCACCAUUGGAGCAACGGCCUGUACUGGACCGACCUGCGAAGGCUCCAACUCCGGCACCGUCGAUUCCGGCGCCGCAAGCGCCGUUGAGUCCGGUGCACACAAGCUCCCCAGUGCACACCGUGGUCGAGCUCAGUCUGCCGUCCACUCCGGAGACCUUCUCCACUGCUCGCGACCUGAUGGCGCUGACUGA